UCUGAUUGGCUGCUCGGACUGCCCACGUGUCGUUUUCGGAAUUCGUCGGAAACAAAGUUGCUAGCUAGCUAUUUUAAGCAAUGAAACGUUACGAAGUGUUGUAAAUAUGUUUAUGUAAUCGGUAAAGAGGACGCCCGAUGGCAAGAAUGCAGUUAUCUAUUUUACGAGUCUAGGUCAGAGGUAGAAUCAUUCACGUUGCAGAACGCAUCUUACAUGCAUGAAUUAGCGCCGUUAGCAACAUCUCUCUCCAUACACGAAAUGCAAGGCAGCUAGCUAGCUAAUAAGCGUCAAUCGAAAAACAGAAUAACGUUUAAUAUCCUCUCUGGUGAAGGAUCCAUUAGCUAGAUUGCUAUUCUUGCCGAGAGCGAACGGUCAUUGUAGGCCGGGUUGUUUGAUUUCACGAUGAUGCUUGUUAGGUCGGACACACAUUUUUAACACUCGACUGCAGCUACGGUGGUCAAUUGUCGUGAACUCAUUUUGAGUAGGAUAAUACUGUAGCAGCUAGCAGAAUCAAAAAAUAUUACAACGAUGAAUCAAAGAAGAUGUAUCAACCAUAACACAGACUCAGUGAAUGAAGAUCUCACGGGGCAACAAACACAUGAUACUGUUGUCCCGGAGACCCCAGAGCUCAAACGUCCCCCAGGGCCCGGCUCAGUGAGAGGCAUGGAAAGCGUGGUACUAGACUCUGAUUCAGAUGAGGAGAUAUCAGGGUCUUCCAUGAUGUUGUCGGGGAAGAGUCUGGAAAAGGAACCAGUUAUGGGUGCUGUUAUCAUACUGUCAGAUGAGGAGGGAGAGGCGGAGAUCAAAACUGCUCUACAGAGAAAUGGCAGCCAGCUCCCCAAAAACAUAUCGGGAAGUCAAGACCCAGACCGGAAGAGGAGACUAGAGGUGUGUGACAGCUCCCAGCAGAGUGGGGCAUCAAACGCCAGCAAGAAACCAGCCCUUGAGGAGGAUUCAGUGACAGAUGAUUCUGAGGAUGAGGGUCCAGAGCCCAGCUGGAAGAGCCAGGAGGACAUGGUGAGGAAACUGCAGACUAAGUUUCCCCGUCUGGUCAAGGAGGAGCUUAGAGAAGUACUUCUCGAGCAUGAUUGGCACUUUGAGGACACCCUAGAAGCACUGCACAUGUUUUCAGAGGAGGGGGAGAGGUCCAAUCAAGGGGAUACCCAGGCAUCAUCAUCAGCUAGUUCAGCCCCCCAAACCUCAGCACAUCAGGCCUCCCCAGCAGCCAAACCCCCUGCUUGUCCCACAUCACUACCUCACAAGCCUCCCAGUGGGACCGUAGAUAAGACCAUCAGUAGGCCGACCAAAGGAGCAGACAGGAGGAGGAGGGUGAUUCCAGAGCCAGGUACCAGCUCUGAAGACGAGGCCAGUGAUGACUUUGAUGAAUCUGCUGAGGGCGUGGAGCUGAACUCUGAUGGCUCAGAUCAGGAGGUUGGAACAGGGUCUCUUGUGAAGGGCCAGAUCCUCAGGUUCUUCCAGGAGGCAUCGUUGGACGAGCUGUCUCUCAUCUCUGGCUGCUCUGUGAAGAAGGCCCAGAGGAUUGUCGAGCUGCGCCCAUUUAACGAGUGGGAGGAUCUGUGUGAUGCUCUUGACAGAGGGAACGGCCUUUCCACUGAUCUGGUGCAGGGCUGCCGUGUGGUCCUGAGAGAACGGGACGUGGUGCGCAGCCUCAUGACCAAGUGUGAGAAAAUCGCCAACAAGAUGAUGCAGGACGUGACCCAAGUGGUGGAGAGGGACAAGGGCUCCCAGAAACAGCCUGAGAUCCUCAACGGGAAAUACCAGUUGAAGCCUUAUCAGCUCAUUGGUCAAAAUUGGCUGACCCUGCUCCAUCAGAACAAGCUGAGUGGAAUCCUUGCUGAUGAGAUGGGUUUGGGGAAGACCAUCCAGGCCAUCUCGUUCCUGGCCAGCCUGUACCAGGAGGGCAAUAAGGGCCCACAUCUCCUCACUGUACCUGCUUCCACACUGGAUAAUUGGGUGCGGGAGCUGAAUCUGUGGUGUCCCAGGCUCAAAGUCCUGGUGUACUAUGGGUCUGUGGAGGAUCGCAAGUACCUUCGCUAUGAUAUUCUCAACAGACAGGUCGACUACAACAUCAUCAUUUCCACGUACGCUCUGACCACCAGCAACGACAACGACCGCAGCCUGUUCCGAAAGCUGAAACUGGAGUACGCCGUGUUCGAUGAGGGCCACAUGCUGAAGAACAUGAGCUCGCUGCGGUACCGCCACCUGAUGGCCAUCAACGCUAAGUACCGUCUGCUGCUGACUGGGACUCCAGUGCAGAACAACCUCCUGGAGCUCAUGUCCCUGCUCAACUUCAUCAUGCCCGACAUGUUCUCCAGCAGCACUUCACAGCUCACCAAUAUGUUUGCCAUGAAAUCAUCAGAGGAGCAGAGCAGCUUUGAGAUGGAGAGGAUCUCUCAUGCCAAACUGAUCAUGAAACCCUUCAUCCUCAGACGUGUGAAGAGUGAGGUGCUGAAGCAGCUCCCAGCCAAGGAGGAGAAGGUGGAAUUCUGUGCCAUGAGUGACCAGCAGCAGCAGCUCUACAACGCCUUAAUGCAGAAGCUCAAGGGAUCCACCAAUGGAGAGAAGAGAGAACUGACCAACGUGAUGAUGCAGUUGAGGAAGAUGGCAAAUCAUCCACUGUUGCACCGGGAGCAUUACACCACUACCAAACUGUCUGCUAUGAGUCAACUCAUGCUGAAGGAGCCGACCCACUGUGAAGCAGACCCAGCGCUGAUCAAGGAGGACAUGGAGGUCAUGACAGACUUUGAGCUGCACCGACUUUGUCUUCAGUACCCGUCCGUACAAGACUAUCAGCUGAACACAGACAUGCUCCUGGACUCAGGAAAACUCAGCCUGCUCACACAGCUUCUGGCCUCUCUCAAAAACAAGGGGGACAGAGUGGUGCUCUUCAGCCAGUUCACCAUGAUGCUGGACAUUCUAGAGGUGUUCCUGAAGCACUUGAAACAUCACUACAUUCGACUGGAUGGAUCAACGCCCAUGUCUGACAGAAUCGUGCUGAUUGACCAGUACAACACGGAGUUGGACAUCUUUGUGUUCUUGAUGUCUACGAAGGCUGGUGGCCUGGGCAUCAACCUGACCUCAGCCAAUGUGGUCAUCUUGCACGACAUUGACUGCAACCCCUACAAUGAUAAGCAGGCCGAGGACCGCUGUCACCGUGUCGGACAGACAAGGACUGUGAAGGUGAUCAAGCUGAUCAGUAAGGACUCUAUAGAGGAUGGCAUGCUCCGCAUCGGUCAGAAGAAACUCAAACUGGAGCAGGAUAUGACUGCUUCCGAGUCCCAGGACGGAGAUGAGGACUCGAUACCAGAAGACAUGGCCUCCCUGCUGAAGGCCUCACUGGGGCUGUGAGGAUGUAUCUAUUUGUCUGGAGGGGUCCUCAAGGUUGUCGAUUUGUCCGCAUGUCUCCUCUUAUCUUCACUGUACUGUAUGUACAAAUAGUUUCUUAAGUUCAUUGCCUUAUGAUGUUUCUAAGACAUUUUGUGUCACUGUUGCAACAAUUUCUAAUAAAAGAUUACAAGCA